AUGCCUCCAAAAACUUCGAAGAAAAAACGUUUAGUGACGACCUGCCCAAAGAAGAAGAAGCCUUCAGUAGAGGUAGAAGAAGUGCUGUCCGACGUUGAGGAGCCGGCUGGCUCUCCCCAGUCGCCGUCACCUCCGACAGAUGCCCAAGAUGGUCAGCCAGAUGAUGCUGAUGUCCCUACCAUGAGUGCCCCGGAAAAGAAGAAGGCUGCUGUCAUCCUCACAGACGAGCAGGAGGUCGAAUUUGGGGAAUGGCUACGGUCCAAUCCCUUCCUUUACACGAAGCAACUUAAAGAAUAUAAAAAUACUCAAAGGAAGACCCGAGUGUGGGCCGAGAAGGCAGCUGAACUGGGGCAGAAAUCAGGUACUCUGCUGAGGACAUACUACGAAAGUGUCCGCAGCAAGGUUGGGAAAAUAACUGACACUAAAUCCGGGUCAUCCACCAAAGAUCUGACGGAGCGGGACAACUUCAUAAUAACCAACUUCGGCUUCCUCCAGACGCACAUCUCCAGGAUGCGAGGCCGUACAGCCAUUAGUUUGAAGUCCCAGCUUGCCACCACCAUCCCGGCCAGUCAGCCCCCAAGCUAA